GGUGCGGCGCAGGGCACGCAAACGGUAGUCGACGGUGGUGACGUUCGGGUUGGGAAAGAGAGGGAGAAUCUAACUGGAGUCGCGCAAUCGGGACAGAUCGAGAAUGCUCGCGGCUGGCUGCCGCGCGAGUAGUGCGAGAGAGUGAUGGCGAGUGGCGAUGGUAGUGCUGGGUGACGGUCGUGACGACCGCCGCGAAUUUUUUUUUACGGAUGGCUCUGUCCGAGGUGCAUAAUCUGGCCGCGAUUAUCGGCAGCAAUGCUUUCGCCGUUGGCAAGAAUAACGAGACCGAGCGUGGUGUCAAUAUGCUGGAAGUACCACGGAAGAUGUACUCUAGGGACGUGCACGGUGUGGAGUACAAUCAUUGGGGCUAUGACUUAACGGGCUGCGGCACAAAGAGAAAUAUGAAUAUCGAAGACGAGGACAGUCAAGAUUUAAACAACCCCAUGGUCAAUGACUUAGUAUCUAAGAUACUCGACGAAGACUCUAUUACCAUCGACAACUGUCACAACAGUUACAGCGGCGGAGGUGCUCCCUACCAGACGGACUUGGCCAAUUCUUGCGUCAAUCAGGUCGCGGACGGUCUGGAUACUUACCUGACUGACGAUCAACUGGUCGCUCGUUAUCCGUUGUCCAGCAAGCUGAACAACAUUUACAACAACGCCAAGAGCGAGUACCACCAUUCCAACAAUUUCUGCAAUGAUCUGAAAACGCUGAAUCUCGGCACAUCCGUGCGACAGUCCGUGGAGCACAAUGCUUGCGGCAACAAUGUCGCGUAUUCGUCCGAUCCACGAUCGCACGUCGUACACUCGAAUGACGGCGGCAUGUACACGAGCGGGAGCAACAUGCCGAUGUGCAACGAUCUGCUGACGACCACGUGCGGAACGAAUUACGGUAAACAAUCUAACAACUGGACAGAACCCCUGUUAACCCCCUCGAUGGGGGGAUGCCGAACCGAGUUGACCGGAAACUACUCGCGUAUCUCGAAUUGCGCCAAACCGGAUCUCAAUUUCAACGUGACUGCGUUGACCCUGGCUCUAGAUUCACCGAACACUGUUCCGAUUAGUGAGCUCGAGUAUCACAAUAGCAUGAGGCAGAGCGCAUCGUCGAAUACGUACGGCAACACCAUGGUUAACAUGCACGACAUGUACGGUGUUACCAGUAAUCCUAGUCAGGGUCCUGGCUACAGGCCCAACUCUGCGAUGACCGACCUUAGCGUCGACUCCGGCUUCUUGUCAAACUCGCCGCUGCAACAUUUCUCACCGGCUGACACAAAUCUGCAUACUUGCUUCGGGAGCGGCAUGCAGCGCAACAGCAUUGGCGACUUUAAGGACGUUCAUGACAGAUUAAAUAUGCCGAGUAUCAGCAUACCUAACGAGCAGAUUCAAUUCUUGCAGUCGCAAGCUCGUAGCUACAAACUGGAUCAAGCUGUGGACCAAGAUUAUAAAAACCUAAUCGAUUAUUAUCCCCCUGGUACAAACAACUUUGUCGCGUCCUCGGCGAGUAACUUGGACACGAACGAGAACGUUUGUUUCCCUAAUGACUGUAGAAUGGAUAAUAGCUUGUUAAAGAUGAUCAAUCCAAAAUCAAAGUCCAUCGAAGCCAAGACGUACUCGCCGAUAGGAUUUCCAAAAAAUCUGAGUUCGCGCAACCUGUAUCAGCCUAUUGCUAAAUACGGCUGUCACAAUUAUCAACAGUACACUGCCAACAGUGGCGACACUCUGAAGAUACUGCAACAGCAAAAUUCUACAUUUUAUCAUAACGAUAUGAAGCCUAAAGUCAACACAACGUACAAGCUCGAUGGAUUUGACCUGACUAAAGAAAUCACGUUUCCCUCUGGAAGUCACUUGCCUGAUCGUAUUACGGGAUCCGCCCUGGACAAGGAUGCCUUCAAUCACAUUUUGAAACAACGACACCAUAUAUCGAAAUUACAGAGCAUUCCAGCUGGGAUUCCGCCUCCCGAUAUCAUUUUUAAUUCGGGGAUGAUGUCGGGUACGAGUACCGUGAGAUCGGGAGCAUUUCCGUCGGUGAUGCCAGUUCCUGUUCCUGUACCGGUUCAUCCCGUGCCGCGACUGUUCUCCGCGCUCUACGGAGGAAACUUGAGUUUUCGAAACGGCAGUGGCGCGGCUAGAAAGACAGGUCCCUCGAGUAUAUUGCAUUUCAAUCUCGAGCAAACGUACGAACAAUUCAAGCAGUUGGAGAAGGAGCGCAAGAAGUGCGAGGCUGGAUUGGCCGCGCAUUUUCCGGGGAAGCGAGUAACCAGCGCAAACAACAUCCCCAUUCCGCGCCUUCAGGGAAAUCCGUCGAGGGUAGACCGUUUGAUAAUCGACUAUUUGAGGGAACACGCUCGUGUCAUUACAUUGAUAGCGAAGAUGGAACGCUUACGCGGGACCACGAUGAAUCAACGCGUGCACAAAGCCAUGGAGUAUUGGCUAGAAGCUAUUAAGUACGUUCAAGAAUGUCGCAAGCAAGAAAUCGCAAACGCUAUCAAACGUCAGAAGGAGAAUCCACAUUGCAUUUUAGCGUACGACGACAAUGAUAUUCUGACUUUGGCUGGAAGCGUCCACGAGUUAACGAAGGCGUCGCGGUACGCGCGGACCGGUAUGUAUAAUGCGCUUCAAGCUACACUACUUUAUGACUUGGACAUAGAGAAGAAAGUCGUCGAGACUUCUAAGGAUCCGGUCCUAGAGGCAAAGAUUCACAGCGAAAGUCAAACGAAAGACGGAACCAACGAUUAUACAAGCAAUACCUAGCAAACUUGCGCUGAACCCACUUGGUAUCGCUCAUCUUAAAAUACUAAAUCGAGAGUCCAGCAGCUUUUUACUUACGUACAGUAUUACGUUUUUGAAAAGCUUUUGCUGGUGUUUACGAUUAAUUUUAACUGUUGAAACAAAAUGCCGCCCAUUAAAUUCAAAACUUUCACUCGCGAUACACGAGAUACAUACGAAUGUACUAAAGCGUAUAAGACGGACAUUUGGAAACGCGUGCGACUUUUUACAGGUUAUUAAUAACUCCAUAGUUUUCUACCGUACGUAUUUUAAUGCUUAACGACAGUGUGUAACCGACUUAGCUUUUCGAGAACACCGAUUUAGAUACGAGAGUUUCGCCUGAACUGCCUAUCCUUUAUCGGUUUAUCUCUGUCGCGUGUCAAACAAAAAUAAAAUAUCGCUUUUCCUUCGACGCUCGAAAUGGAAAUAAACCGAAAGCAGUGUCGAUCGUGUUUGAACCGGUGAAGCAGCCGCUAGCUUUGAAAUCGUCGACGACUCCGUAACUCGCAACAAGAACGAGAUUGCUCAGAUGUAUUACAUCCUUUAGAGAUAUGAUAUAGAAGAAGUCGUUCUUUGUACAAUUACUCGUUUAUAUACGUAUCCUAAGUUAAACGAGAUAUAGAUAGGCAGAGAACGCCGAUGUACUCGUUCAAAAAUGUUCGGCAGUAACUCGUUAGAUUAGCUCAAUGUGGCCUUCCUUGAAUGUGUGACCCAUAAUGUGGUAGUAGAUGUUUCAGGAUUUGAAUAUUUCGCGAAGUGUAAGUGCGACGUUUAAUCGCAUGCAACACGAGCUUAUAUAUAUAUUCAGUUUUUAUAUAUACAUAUUAUAUGUAAAAGCUGCAAUAUAUAUAUGUAUAUUAAAAUGUUGUUUAUAUAGUAUACUAAUGUCAGACUUUUCACUACUGAUAUCGCCUCCGGAUGUAUUCUCACUUUACGAAUACGAAAAAAAAGAUACAUAUACGACACGCACAUACGCGAAAUAAUCGUCUACGUUACAUCUACAGGUAUACGCACAACGACAUCGAAUUACACCCGCACACAAAAAUAAACAUUUGCACAGGAUAUACAUACGUAAAUAUGCAUAUGUGUGUAUAACACACGUAUAUACACAUAUACAUAAUAUUUAUUUUAUGUCGUUGCUGUGUGUUGCUAUUUCUGCUUUACAACUCACUUAUUGUUAUUUCCGUAUCAGACGUAAUCACACAUCGCUGCGAGCGGAGCAACAAACAUAUCGCGAUAAAAUCGCGAACAAUCGCGUACUCGUAACAAAUGCUAAUUAGUACCUAAAGUUUCUAUUGUCUGGCAUUUUUAAUUAUACGAAAGAAUAACCGGGGUCAAUCAACUUUCGCGCACGUGCUUUGAUUUCUCUUGUGUGAUAACCGUGUCGCGUGUAAUUGUGAAGAGUUUAUCGUUACAAAUUGUCUUAAAUUCACUUUUUUUAAAUAUGGAUCUAAAAUAAUUUGUAAAAAUUGAGCUCGUCAUGAGAAACUUUAAUUUUUUUUUAAUCAAUCACACAUUCGUAUGGUUGUCCAGUUUUCUAUUUCUCUUUGUCGGAAAGAAAAAUGAAAAUUCACACGUUUGAAAGAAGUACACGUGUUUUACGUCCGAAUAUAAAAUCUAGCGUAAUUUACCGCACAUUGCGUGUAAAGAGCAUUAUUAACAAAAUACAGCAUAGAUAUGUGUUUGACAAUCCCUUUUAAACUGCAUGCGAUAUUAUUGCAAACUUAUGCACGCGUGCACGCUCGCGUACACAGUCAUACGCAUACAAACACGUACACAUAUCAGUAUUUUGAAAUUAGAAUAACCAAGUAACAGUGAUUAUGAAAUGGAAACGAGGCAAUGAUCCAAUAUAUGAUCAGGAUACAAAAACUAGAUUUAAAUAUGCUCGAUGUAAAAAAUGGAGAAAAAAUUAAAUUUUUGCAAUAUUUUAAAUGUUUGAUUUAACAUAUCAAGAAAUUAUUGAUUUUUUCAAUGUAAAAUUGCUUUAAAUGAGUUUUAUAAAUAAUUUACGGCAAAACUUUAUGGCACUUAAUAUAUUUGAUUUUUGUUUUAAACUCUUUAAUGGAUAAAUGACAAUUUUAAACUCAGUUUUGCUUGCUAUUAAUCUCAAAGAAAUUUUAUGUGACAUUUUAAUUGUUACAAAUUAAUAUUAAAAAAAUGUAGUGAAAUUUGAUUUUGUAGCGAAUUUAGAUUUGAAUUUGGCUUUAAAUUCACUAACUACGCAUGAGAUUAAAAAAAAAGCAUGUUAUAACUAAUUUUUUCUGGAUAUGGAUCUUAAUUCUUUAGAUUUGAAUUCAAAUCGCAAUUCAGAUUUAGAUUCAAGUAAUUUGGAUAUUCGGUCAAUUCAGAUUCAGAUCCAAGUAAUUUGGAUUACCCAAAUAGUGCAAUGUUGAGUAUAGUUAGAUUAGAACAGUUUCUAGAUAUUUCGGUUAUCCGAAUAUCUAGAUAUCCGAAUACUUAAAAACUUUAAUUUAUACAUAUUUUUAAUAUGUUUGUUACUAACUUUAAGUAUUCUCCUUUACACUAUUGUGCCUCCAGAAUGAUAUUGGUUAUUCUUGUUUCAAGUAGUGGAUACAAUGUAUCGUAUAUGUAAACAGCUGUUUCUUGACUAACGGUAUUUAUAUUCAUUUUUACUAAACAGAUCUUUUCUUAAUCAAAAUAAUGUCACUGUUAAUUUCAAUAUUUCAGUACUUUCUUUUUUCACUUAAGAAAUUUUUUUGUAUAAUGUAUUUUUUAAAAUUUAUCAAAUGCUAAAAAAUUUGUUAAAUGUUAUCUAGUGUUAAAUGUUAUCUUGAUGUUAACUAGUUAGCUGUCAGUCUGAUUAAAGAGAAUGCCGUUCGUUAAAGACAUUCUGCGUGUUGUAUGCGUACAUAUGUGUAUGUGUGCUCGUUGCAGCAAGGCAUGAGUGCGCCGCGUCCGUAUAUGUAAAUAAAGAAAGCGAUGUCAUAAUAAUAUAGCCGAAAAUAUGGCAGGAACUGACCAAUGUUUGAGGCGCGAGACUGUUACAAGCUAUGUUAUUAUAUAUAUAUCAUUAAAAAAAAAAAAAACGACAUACAUGCAUAAAUAGACCAAACAUUUGUAUAAAUUUUCACUGCGGCAGUGGGUAAAGCUGCAAAUUGAUAGUUUGAGAUCGAAAGAGAGAAUGAGAGAUAGUUAAUUUCUCUAAAUACUUUUCCUAAAAUUGUUUCUUAGAAAAGUACAUUUUAAUUACCUAUUUAGAGAAGCUAAUCAUUUCUUUCGAUUUUAAACUAUCAAUUCCUAUUUACCUAGAAACGAAAUGCUUGUCUUAUGUAUAUAUGUCGUCGUGUAAAACUUAAAAAUGAUGCUUUUGCGGCGACGCACUUCUCGAGCACACUCGUGAUAACGAUCGGUAUCGUUAUUCGAUAACGUUGUAUCGAAAACUCAUAUCUCUCGUCGUAGAAAAAAAAAUCGCGAAUCUCGUCCGCCAUUAAAUAUCGUGAAAGUAUUUCUCUAAACGGCUUGUAAGAUUAGUGUUAAAUUGAUGGUAGUUACGAUCGAUACGUACUCGGAGCUAUCAACGCAUAGCUGAUCCGUAGUUAUUUUUCUAGUUAGUUUUUCUGUCCUACUUAAAGAGACUCGUGUCGUGAAACCGCUACUUGCGAUAUGUAUAAUUUGUUACUUGCAACUCUGGGUUUAUAUAGAUUAGCGGUUAUUGAUUUGACGCGACCACUUUGCCAUGUCUUAAAGUGGCAGAAGCUUUUGUAGACGAUCAGUAUUUUUACGUUGACAACUGAGAUAUGUUGAUUAAUAUCAAAAGUUUUAAUGAGUUUGUUACUUUUUUUUAUUGAGUCAGGUUUGAUUCAGUUCUUUUUUUUUACGUACACGUUAUGUAAACUUUAUAUAGUUGACUUGUAGUAGUUACUUGAUGUUUUACUCGUUCAAUUGUUCCUAUAUAGAGAGGAUAUAAAGAAAUUCUAUGUACUAGUAUACUUGACUAGUCGAGCGUACGUAGUAUCGAGGUCCUUUCCGACUUACACUGUCUACGUCGUAAUCUUUCGUUCUUCCUAAUAGCUAGGUGCUGCUUUCGAACUUGCCUAUAAAGCGGCUUUAAGCCUCGGAUGGAGCAAAGCUGUGAAAUCGCAGGGCCUCGUACUAUGCUCAUUAUGAAUUUACCAUUAUUAUGUGUUUCAGCGCGUAGCAUUAUUUAUUAUAUAAAUUUUACUAUUUGUUCGCUUAAUAUAUACAAUUUCGAGUACUCCAUUUGCAUUGAUACUACGAUAUUGUACCUCGAAUUUAGUAAUAUAGCUAGACCAGCGUGUAGAUAGUGGAAGGAGUUUUUGUUCUGUCGAUAGAUAACUGGGAUAAAAGCGAGACCAUGUCGCGACAAUGGUUUUCGUAUUGUAACCACGUGCUGACUCUGUGCGUGUAUCGUAAUUUACAUGUAUUCGGCGUAGAGAGAAGAAAAUGUGUAGGCAAGUAAUAUUGCGAGUAGCGAAACGAAAAUCGAAGUGUAACGUUAUCAAAAUGUACAGGGCUCCCAUUUUGACUGUAUUAUCUUUUAUAGGCCGAUGUAUAAUCAUUUAGAGACGAACUUUUCGUAAAAAUAUGUAAAGAAUUUUCUAUGUUUUAACGUUAACUAUUUUUUUGUCCGCUUAACGCAGCAAUUUUCCUUAAAUAACUCUUGUGUAUUACGUCUCCGAUUUGUAUGAAUUUUCAUCUCAAUGGAGGACAGCGGUCCCUUUUAUAAUUACAAUUUAAAUGAUAAUAGUCCGUGGGGCUGAUUAAUCGCAUUUUGUUAAUUUUUUUUCUUUUAACUUUUUCUUUGAAGUUAGAACGUGCUUCAUAUUUUUUAAUAUUAAUAGUUUAAGGCAGUUGAUCUCGAACUGACCAGAUAAUAUAAGAUAAUAUAGUAAAAACGGGAUGAACAGUAUACGUAUAAACGAAACACACACACGAUGUAAAACACAUGUGUUGAUAGAUUAUAGAUUUAUAUGUAUGCGUGUUAGGAAUUGUUCUCGCGCGCUUUUCGCACAAUGAAGGGAAAGUGCAUUGGCCUGUACGUCGCGACUUCGCGAUCGCUGAGCGAAAAAAUAUAUAAAAAUAUAAGGAAAUAUAUCGAGAGCUUCUUAGAUAAAGCUAGGGAACAAUGUGUACGGCUCUAUCUCGCUCUGUCUUUCUUUCUCUCUUUCUCUCCGCGAAGCCUCUGUGCGAAGCGGAGGAAUUGAGAUCUGAUAUUGAAGCUCCGUAGAUAUUCAAGCUCCGCCGUCGAUCGAUAUCCGGCACUUGUUUCUCCCCGACCGUGUGGGAAAUCCGCGUGCGAAUUAGCGUGGAGCAAGGUAGACGGAACUUGUAGCGCAAUUUGGAUAGAUCGUUUAUUAGACGCGUUUAUCGGCCCUAGAUGAGAACUCAGACUAGCGCGAAUAAGCUCAGGUCACGAGAAGCUUCCUGAUGUUUAGACACUUAACGAUGUUUAGACACUUAACUUGUCGAGAUUCGACGGCACGUUUGCCUCCCCUCCCCCCUGCCACGAGAUAAUUCUUCCCGUCGCGUUGUUCGUUGUUUUCUAUUUUAUGUCAUACAUAUAGCUACGUAAGAAUGUCGGGGAUUAGGAGAUCGAUCGCAAUCUCGCCGAGUUCGGAGUUUGAUACUGUGGAGCGUUCGAAGAUCCUUAUAUUCGCUCACGAUCAAAUAAGAUGUGACGAUCGCGAUAUGCGAGAUGUUUUUCGUUUUUUUUUUUUUCCUUUCUCUUCUCAUGCACGAUGUCAUGGUAUCGGAAAUCGAACUCGUCGAGAUCACGAUGGUCUCCAGUGUUCGGCAAAAAUUGACCAGGGUCGGUAAUUAGGCAACCAGCGUAAUUUCUACGAAAACGGAGGCGUUUAGUUGUCACUCGGUCGUCUAUGAGGAAUGGUGCCGUCUUGCCGGCCGGUUUACUCGUAACACACAUCGCCGCUUAUUUUACAUGACUUAAAUACCGCAUAGAUAAGCAAUAGGUACGUCUAACUCCAUGCGAGGGAGAAGAUGGGAGCGCAAGCUCUCGCGUGGAUAUCGUUAGCCGUUCAUCUUAGAAACACAUACGCGACUCGUAAGCCGUUUACAUGUUUAGAACUCGCGCUCGUAUCUCGCGAAAUGAUGCCACUUCUAAUUAUAGCGCGUUAGGCUCACUGAAAAUCCUCGAUUAAACUCGUCGACGGGAGCGUCCGCAAUGCGGGUCACGUGUACGUCGCCGUGAGGUAUAAUCGGCAUUAGAACGGUCGACUGAUUUUGCGUUAAACGAAUAACUGCACUUACAUAAAUCGAAAACAUGUUAAUUAUAUUGAUUAUAUAAUAUAUUGAUAUUAUAUAACUAAUAUUUUUUUUUUUUUUUUUAUUAUAUUACAAAUACAUACCAAUUAUGUAACAUGAAUUGGUAUCUUUGAUACGCAUUAACAUUCUAAUAACUUGCAGUUAUGCUUUCGUUUUGUAUACGAGAAUAGCUUGGAUGUUAUCUAUAAAUAGGAAGCUUCGAUCGUUCUUAUAUCGAUUCUAUCAAUCAGAUGACUCCGAUGGGUUUAACUUCUCUAGAAUUUGGCAGAAUCGAGGAGCUCGGAUUUCUCCAGCUUACCAAACUCUGAAAAAGCAUAACGAGAUUGUUGAAAGAAUCUUCCGAAUAAUCGUGAGUUUCUCACGUCAGAUAAUUUCAAUUCGACUCGUGAAACGCGAGUGCAACUCGAGCGUUUCAAAAGUCAUUCGGUUCCAAGACUCGGGGACGAGUUCCUCGAUUCGCCCAAGGAUGUAACUUACAAACUGCUAAUCUACGUCUAUAUACAUAUGAAUGUAAUAAUCUAUUCGCGUCCGUUAGAGUUUAAGAGUGAAACUUGUCGAUUAGAGUUCCUAACGAUGUGUUAGAUAGUCGCGAACCCGUUUUUCAACCGCAGCGACGUUGGAUCAACGAAUUAGCCGGGCGACUUGCGCAUCUUAGCUUUCUGUCUCAUUAUAAUUUAGAAUCGACUAAGGCCUCUGUAUCAAGGUAGAUUAACUUUAAUCUCAGUUUAACUUCCUAUCUUCUAACUCUUAGCAUCAGAAAAAAAGUGGUGAAAGUUAAAUUUGAGAUUAAAGAGAUUAAUCUAAAUUGGUUAUCUAGAAAUGGAUAUAAGGGAGACGCGCAAAGUUAAACCCAAUUGGAGUUUUCUUACGGCGUACGUUUCGCCGAGGAAAUGCAGCGCGCACCAAAGCGACAUCGAUCCUCUUCCCGCUCGUGAAUUAAAUUUUAAAACUCAAGACAAUCGCGUCGCUCCGCUUUUCGAGACGUCAUGUGCGUUCAGGGUAACGGGAAAGGAAUAAGAGAAAGAAUAGAUAAAAGAAAAGAUUUUAAAAAAAGAAAAGCUGGGUGGACGAGGCACAUCGGCCUACGCCACGUCGACGAGAUCGAGCGGAGGUGCUCGGUUUGCGGACCAUUAAACAAAGGAUACUGUACAACGAUUACGCUACAAUAAUAUUUAAUGUACCUCUAGGUGGGAACGGGACUCGCGAUGGGUCUCGCGACGUCUCUCGCGUGCCGAUAUGGGAAUAUCGGCAGGCGUCUCCGCGAAGCUAUAAACGUUUUUAGGAUUUAGUCACGUUCGAACGCAGACGAGAUCCCUCGCGCGUGGUCCCGGGAUAUAGUAAUCGUUUCCCAUGUAUUUUAUUAGGGCUCUGACGCAUUUUGGUACGAAUUUAUCGGGAUGAUUUACCUAAAGCUUUCUUUUUCUUCUCGAGUACUCGUGCACAUUAGCCGCGAUCCGAGGGGUUUUCGGGCACCACCGCGCGCGAAUAAACGAAUACGCACGUAGAGCGCGAAAUGUCCUCCAGGAGACGAUAGUCAUCCGUUCCACGGGAAACCAUGUUGUAUUUAUAUUUCGACGAGGGACAUAAAGGGACCCCUCCCUUCGAAACGGCUCCUCAAUCUCUCUAAUUACUCGCUCGAAGUCUCGAUCGCCUUCGCUCACUUCGUUUCCUCGCGUUCGCACGUAGCGGAGGUGAUUUUAGGCGCGACGAGAGCUGUCUGGCUAGGUAUACCGAUAGUAUCUUUUAUCGUCGUGUCGUCCGCAUUCGCUUUCUCGUGUCUCUCGCGUGAGCGCGAAAUUACAGGGAAUCUGCCGUUCUGUAAUCCGCCGCCGAGUUGCCGCGAGCACGAGCGUGUUUAACCGCGAUUGUUAUUUUUAUAUUUAACCGUAAGGAUUUUCUACAGCGAACGAUUGAACGGUCGUACCUUCGCGAUGAAUGAGAAAUUGAAUAUAUAUU